AUGAAUGGUGAUCACGCCAGCUCUCAGUGCGGUCUGACGUCGCUGCUGCCCAUGUCUUGUCGUGGUCGGGCCGCAGCGUUCGCGCGAGACUUACAAUCCAGACUCCGGAGCCUCGGUACUCCUCAAGAUGCGGAAUGCGAGAAUUCCUGGCUCAGCAGAGAUAAUGGCGUACACCGGCCGUCCACGUCGUCACAGCGGGACUUAGAUACCUUGUACGAUUAUGAACUCGAAUGUGAAAGCCCGUCCAGCCCCGUCGAAGAGUACUCAGCACCUUUUACGGAACGAUUAUCUGAAGACUCAGAGCUCCCUUUCUACGAUAUCGACUCCGAGGAACUUAAAGAACAGAAAAAGUUUUUACUGAAGCACCCAGAUAAUGGGAAGAAUGGAUUUAAAUUCACAACAGCUUUCUUCACAGAAUCUCCUAUUAAAGUGCAACCAGCCCCAAAAGAAAAUGGACUCGUUGACAAACCAUUGUUUUCGCCAAUUACAUUUGAAGGGUGUGCCAGGCAAAAUAGUUUUGAUGAAGUAGACUGUGUAGUGCCAACAUUGUGUAACUUGGAAAACGACAGGAUACUUGCGCAUUUAAGUUCCACGAUCGACAGUGAUUCUGAGUUUGAGUCUGCAAAGAGCGAGCCUUCAGAUGCAAUCGAAGAUUAUACUGAUUUGGAUAAACGUUCAGAUGAUAACAGCGAAGCUCUAGAAAAUAUCUCUCUCGACGCUGAACUACCUGAAGAAGAGGAAACAAAGGUUGAGCAGGAAUCAGUCAAUUGUGAAUCUAAAGUGGAGAAUGGUAAUCAUGAGACCAUCCAAAUUUUAGAAACAGACUGUUUAUCAACAACUGAAAACGAACAACACUCAAAUGAAGAAUCUAAACUCGAAGAGGAAGGUGAAGAUGAUAGGCCACAGCGGGUGAGACGGUGCUCGUCUUUGAAAACUGGUAAAACUCCACCGGGGACGCCAGGCAGGAAAAAAAUUGUGCGAUUCGCAGACGUUUUGGGGCUCGAUUUAGCUGAUGUGAAAACAUUUAUGGAUGAGAUUCCUGUAAUUCCUAAGUCUGCUUAUGAUGAUCUGACCGGGUGUGAUGUCCAAAACUCCCCUCCUACUCGCUCCACUCCAAGACUUGGUGCUCUGACGCUAGUUCCUCUUUUCCGACUUCCCAAAGAUUUAACAGACAAGCUCGAAAAACAAAAUAUAUGUCUUGAAAGUGCAAGAGUCUCGGAUGGCGUUCACAUUACGAUUUGUGGGUCCGUGCGAGUUAGGAAUUUAGAUUUUCACAAGACAGUUCAUAUACGGUACACUAUGAAUCGAUGGAAAACUUAUACAGAUUUACAAGCAAUUUACGUGCAAGGCUCGUGUGAUGGCUAUUCUGAUCGUUUUCAGUUUGUACUCUAUGCUCCCUGUAUUUCGUCAGGACAAAGACUGGAAGUUGCUGUAAGAUUUCAGUGCAAAGGUCAACAGUUUUGGGAUAACAACUGCGGAGCAAACUACUGUUUCGACUGCUUGGCUCUAGGGGCAAUGUUGACUGCAUCGUCGCCUCCUGGCGCCCUUCACCCUACCGUAGACUGGCAUCCUUCUUUCUACUGA